CUACACACAUGGACUGGUCUGGGGAGGGAAUUCCCCAAAACAUUGUGUACGGGCGAUUCCGUUCGGUGCAUCUGUGACCAAGUACAGUCGUCUGUUAGGCCUAACGGCUGUAGCGUGCAAUAAGCAUGGUGAACGGGACGUGACAAUUGAUGGUAACAGCUACUGGAUAUAUAAAUCAAGUAUCACAAAGGUCUUCAAGAAUAGCACUCAUCUUGAGAAGACUGGUCAGAUCCAGGCCUGCAACUACCCCAGGCUCGUGUGUAUAUUGCCUGGAUUCUUGCAGUUGAUGAGUGGAUGAUAGGAACCGCCUGUGUGUGAGACUGUUUGUGCUCUAACAGGGAGUUUACAAGGAUUACCAAAGAUAACAUGGAUUACAGGAGGAUAAUUACCUGACGUUCAGAGGUCGAUCAGAACGUACAUCCUGAGUAAUAACAUUUUGCUUGCAGAUCGGGACAAAGAUGACAGCCAUCAACAUGUAGACCACCAGAUGGAUGAGUAUAGUAAUGACAAUCGCCAUGGAAACAAAAGGAAGCCAGCCAUCCACAAAUCUUCAAAGUCUGGAGCGCACUCUCAGUCGAGUGGUGUCCAUGGUAAUAAUAGUCGACGGUCAUCUGAGCCACAGUUGGCCACCAGAGGGAGUGACAUGUCUAGAGAAAGAAAGGAUAAGGUCAAACCUUCGAACCAUUGUAUACAAGAUGGUCAAAAUGGUGCAGCAGGCGAGGGAAGGGACAGAAACUCUGUCAGACAAAAGCUUGACUCAAGUGAUGGAUCCGACGAUCAAGGCAUCGGCAACAGGAGAGAUUCCGGCAGGAGUAACCGUGCAGAAAGAUCUAAAAAGUAUGCCACCUGGGACAAAAACAUGCAGAAACGACGAGCCAAAGUGUUGCAGCUGCAACAGGAAGGGCAGACAAGUGCUGAUGAUACCUUCAUCAACAAAAAGGGGAGGCAACUCCCUGACAACUAUUACAAACUGUCACGGAGUAUCUCAACAGACCUGGCAACUUUGCGCAACAAGACUCAGAUGCUGCAAUCAGCUAGUGUUUACAACACAAGCGGGGAUAUGUCAGCGCCAUAUACCCAAAUCUCAAAAUCUUCUUCCCAGAGUCAAAAGACUUCAGUCAACAAUCACUGGCAGGCAUUUGACCAAUCAAAACACAGUAACUUGUACAACUCGGCAGGGACACAGAAUAACUACAGUGAGAACAUUCCUAAACAGCGGACCAUGUCUCUCGGUGACGUACGACGGUCAGCUUUUUACCGCAUCAACUCAAACACCCCUUCCAUUCCCUCCUCACCCUCCGAUCACAAGGACACAUACAUUGACAUAGACAGCCUCAUAGCCAAUGACAUCCACGCCCAUCAAGCGGAAGAGAAUGAAAGGGCCUUCCCGACACUGGAAGGGUACAGACGUCACGGUUUGACACACAGCUUUCCCAGUGCACCCUACACAACACUAAAACAUUUAAGUGAGAAAAGUAUAUGUUCCUCUUUGCUAGGAUUAAUGAUGUUCCUUAUAGCCGGCUUUGUGCUAUUUCUACCUCUGGCAGCCAUCUUUCUAAUUCUAUGCCCCUUGUGUUUCUUUGUGAAGAAAAUAUUUUCAUGCUGUUGUUGCUAUGGAAAAAAGUGUCAAUGUGGAACUCUCCUAUCUCCAAAGGAGAGAGCAUGGGCAGAAAAUUUGGAAACCAGCACCGUUGUGUACCAAUGUGUUGUUAUAGUGGAGUAUGGUCUAACGACCUACAAAAUACGGGAGUUGGUGAGAAAUCGACUAAUAAAGGCAACAGAUAAAAAUGGCAAUAGAUUAUAUCCAAAAUUUACAAAGAAAAUUGUGAAUACUUUUUCUGGCCCAUCUUGGAUUCAGGAUGAGGCUUUCCUAAUAAACAACCACGUUUUUAAUAUGCCUUCCUCCAUAGAAAAUAUGGAGGACCUCCAGGAAUAUAUAUCAGAAUCUAGCUCGAAACCUCUCUCUAUGCACCAUCCUCUGUGGGAAAUCCAGGUUCUGACCGACUUUGCCGAUCAGCGAGACACGGUUGUAUUGUUGCGCAUUCAUCCAUGUAUCGCUGACGGAAUCUCACUCGUACAACUUCUGUAUAAGGCUAUUGUGGAUAUGGAGUCCAUCACCAUCGCUAUGCCAAAGUUCUCUAGUCGUCGGCGUUUCUGUAAUGCCGUCCAGGCAUUCUUCAGUGGCCCGUUGGUUUUUUUGAAACAGUACGUGUUCAAAAAGCAAGAUUUUAAUAUGCUGCAUGGCCAACACAUCCACGCCACGGGCAAACAGGUGAUAGCUUGGUCAGAGCCGUACAGCCUUGAGCAAGCCACACGUCUUUCUCAGGUGACGCGUUCCACUCUAAAUGACAUCUUCCUGUCUGUCACAGCAGGUUGUCUACGUAAUUAUCUGCAGACGAAUGGAAUUCCGAAUCCGUAUGACAUGCAGGCCCUGGUACCUGUACACUACCAUUCGGGACCCUCACCCCUUCAUCUGCAAAACAACGACUGUCUGUUUAUCCCCGUCUCUAUUCCUUCAAACACAGAAGGUGCCAUCCCUCGACUCUGGCGGGUCAAACACAUCAUGGACAAGAUUGGUAGUCUGGCUUUUUUCUCGGUCACACAAGGGGCCCAUAUGUUGUCUUCGACGAUCUUGCCCCAACGGUGGUUGUAUUCCAUGUGGCGAUCCCUGUAUAGUAAGUGUACAUUUGUCAUUUCUGACCUUCCAGGGCCCGAGACAACCUUGAAAAUAGCCACUAAAAAAAUCAAGUCUGUAAUAUGCUGGAUGCCACCAAUCCACCAGGUUGCUGUGGCGAUCUCCUUCUUUACCUAUGCUGACCAGGUGAGGAUGUCUGUGAUGGCUGACCGGACAGUCUUGCCCAACCCUGAGAUGUUGACCAGGGAUUUCAUUGCCAUCAUGGAUGACCUGUCCAGUUUACUGGGUAAUCGAAGGAUUCCCGGAGAACAACUCUCCAAAAAAAUGGAAGUGCACCAACUGGACUGUGAAAUUCAUGCUGAGCCCACUGUGGAACAGAUCCAGAUAAAGAUGACCAUCAUACAGCAAGAAAUACAGGAACUCAAGAUGCAGCUUGAUCUCGAUGGACGUCACACCAGCUCCGAGACGAAGCUCCGACGCAAGAUAGAGACUUUGAAGGAACAGUUUCGGGAGAUGAUGGUUGAGAUGCGCCAGAGAAAGGCUGCUGAGGAGGAGAAUGCCAUGAUUCUUACGGACGAGGAUCCUGAAAUUGAGGAUGAUGAGGACAAUGACCUUCGACGACCUUUCCGGCGCCGAACACUGUCUGUCAGCUCCCGAAUGUCCCGAAUGUCUACCGUCUCCACUUCCUCAACUGCUCGUCCUUUAGCCUCACCAUCGGUCGUUAUGGACAUGUACGAUCCCGAUACUUGGUCACAGUCCUCCAGAAUGGAUGGUAUCAGCAUAGGUAUGGCCGGAGGUAGGCAGACGUUGCCACGACGAACACAACAUAGGAACGAGGAAUUUGAAAUUCUUGAAUAUGCUCAUUCACCUUCGAUGGAGAGACGAAUAAGGACAGCGUAGAUUUGGAAUAUUACAAUAACAGAAGUUACCGAUGAGUUACAGAAAUUUGGAAUACUUAACUGAAAGAUGCAAAGACAUGGGUAAAUAACUUUUGUGAUAAAGAAGUAAAAAAAACUUACCUGUGAGAUAUUGGGAAUUAUUACUUGUGAGAUACAGAGAUUGGGAAUACUUACCUGAAAGAUAUAGAGAUGUGGAAAUCUCAUUUGUAAGAUACAGAGAUUGGGAAUACUAAUUACCUGAAGGAUAUAGAGAUAUGGUAAUCUCACUUGUGUGAUACAGAGAUUGGGAAUACUUACCUGAAAGAUUUAGAGAUGUGGAAAUCUCAUUUGUAAGAUACAGAGAUUGGGAAUACUUACCUGAAGGAUAUAGAGAUGUGGAAAUCUCAUUUGUGAGAUACAGAGAUUGGGAAUACUAAUUACCUGAAGGAUAUAGAGAUGUGGAAAUCUCAUUUGUGAGAUAGAGAUUGGUAAUAUUUACUUGUGAAAUACAGAGAUGAGAACAUAUUACCUGUGAAAUUCAGAGACUUGGAGUACUUAUCAGAAAUAUGAAGAUUUGGAAAACUCAUCUGUGAGAUACAGAGAUAUGGAUUUCUAGUAAGAUUAGACAGAGAUUAGUAUUGCUUAUUAAUGUGAGAUGAGAGAUUAGGAAUGCUUGCUGUGAGAUUAGGAUUUCUUACUUUUGAGAUUAUUUAAACACUUAAAAUACUCACCUGCGAAAUCAUAAAUACUGACUUGAAAAACCCAGAUUUGGAACAUUUCUAUGUGAAAUACUGAUAUUCUGAAUACUCAACUGUGAAAAGCAUUAAUUACUCAAGUUAUGGAGUAUCAAUCUUAAAUAGCAAUUAGAUGUUCACUGAAGUUUAACUUUAACCUUUUCCGCCCUCCAUAACGGAUGCGAAUAUCAUUACACCAGAUAUCAGCACACAACAUACAGUAUAAGCAGAUGUAGUAUUUACAUGUGAAGGUGAAACAAAGACUGGGCGAAUAUGGGUUUUAUCAGCAAAGGGCGAAUACUUGAUGGGGCAAAAGUUUCCCUGUAUACAGUACUCAUACUGACUUGUGUUUUGAGCGCAUUUUAUUUGAGGAAAUCCAAGUUUCCAAAGUACAAACGUUGUAGAGAUUUAUCUGUUAUAUGUUCUAAUGGUGUGGCGUGAUAAAUAAUUUGUGGAUUAUAUUCCUAUCCUUAUCUCAUUACCUGGUAACAAAAUCCGUCAAAAUAUGUGCAGGUUGGUGCAAGAAAUCACCUGUUUUAUCUAUAUUUUUAUCAAAAUCAAAUGUUACAAGAAAAAAAUGUUUUUAAACUUUCCUGACAUUAGAAAUAUUUUUAUCUAUUUGAUUAUUUUGAUUUAUUCUUUGUUGAGUGCAUUUUAAAUUACCAACUCGCAAAUCUCUGGAAAUAGAAUAUGUUUCUUAUUAGUCACCUCUUGUUUGUUUUGUCACGGACUUAGAUAAUUCCGUGGUUUUGUAUUUUUUUUGUUUUGAUAUUUUCUUUUAAUGUCUAGAUUUUCAAUUAUUUCCUUAUCACUUUUAACAUUUUCGUAAAAGGCAACAAGGUGCUAUUACAAUUUUUAUUUAAAUAUUAAAUAUUAUCGUUGGGAAUUCAAAAAUGACUUAUUAUAGCAAUGUCAUCACUACUAAGUAGAUGGAUAUGUUUGUGCCAAUUUUAAAUAAGCAAUGUGCAAUAUAUACUUAAACAUGUACAGUAAUAUACUGACGUGCGAGAUUUGAGAAAAAGACAGUAUUUGAAGGGAGAUAACUCAAACAGAAUAUUUGAAGGGAGAUAACUCCAACAUAUUUCAUUUCUU